UCGAACGAUGAUUAAAUGAGUCGAACAAAUUCGCUUAGAACAGUUAAAGAUGAACUCUUUCAGACUUUUCGAUCUAAUUUGGUUUGUUAUUUGUUACAAAGUACAAAAUUUAGAAUCGAAGUUACCCAUGGCCAUUAAUAUCACCUCCUUUGAUUACGUGAAAUUUGACAAUUCGACAACAAGGCAAUUAUACUUUACAGCUUUCGGGAAAACUUUUAAAUUUAAGUUGAAACACGAAUCGUCUCGAUUAUUCUUGACUGCAAAAGUGUUUUUGUAUGCGGACGAUAACAUCAAAAAGUUCUAUUUGCAAAAUUUCUUUUCAGACGGACAAAUCAUAUUCAAGGGUCAUCUCGAAGGAAGGAAUGAUACAAAAGUAAUAGGAUAUUAUUCACAAAGAUUAUUCAUCGGAAGGGUAAUUUUAAACAAUACAGUUUACUAUCUAGAGCCGGCCAAUCGUUAUUUUCCUCAAACAGAUUCCAAACUUGGUAUAAUGUAUGAUCUUAGUCGUGUCAAUGAACAUAUGGAUAGCCAACCGUCUUGCGAACGGUUCACGAAAGAAAAUGUAAAACAUUUUAAUAAUUUCCAUUUACCAGAGCAUAACUACAAUAAUUUGCAAAGGAAAGCUUCUCAUAGCUCUAGCAAAAUAUGUUCCUUAGACGUAUUGGUUGACCACACCUACUAUCGAUACAUGGAAUCUAAUAUAAAAGCGGUGCUACUAGAAAUUUUACACCUUAUAAGCAUUGCUAAUUCGAUAUUCAAAGAAUCAGACGUUGAUGGAACUGGAAAAUCGGAAGUUAUAGAAUUCUUAGUCGACAGAAUAACGAUAUUCGAAAAUAAAAUUCAAAUAGCGUAUCCAUAUUCUGAUGAGAGCAGUUACAGUCCAGUAUUUGUAGAGAAGUUAAAAGAAUAUCAAAAUCCUUACUGUCUGUUGAUAUAUUUCACUCACAAGAAUCUCAAAAGAAAAGAUCUUUGCAGUAAUCGUAAACUCGGAAGAAUAUGCUCUAAUUCUGAUUCAAAAAGUAAAAUACACAACGUCAUAUUUAUUACGAAUUUCAUCAAAGGAAUGGAAAUUCCACGACACAGAAUGGCAUUAACAUUUUUACAUUAUCUCGGACACGCAUUCGGAAGCCAAAACGAUCCUGCAAAUGAUUCCGUAUGUAGUCCAGCACGCUUCCGUAAAGAUGAUGGCAAUUACAUUAUGGAACCGCACUAUACAAGCAGAUCAAAACUCGGUAUUAACAAUUGGAAGUUUUCAAACUGUAGUUUAAGAUCAAUGAAUAAAUUUAUCAAAAACAAAGAUUCUUGUCUGAAAAAGGUAUUUAAUUCUUCAUGUGAAAACGGCAUCGUCGAAGAAGGUGAAAGUUGCGACUGUAAUCCGUCCGAGAGAAAAUGUGGGAAAACAGGUCUUUGCUGUUACAAUAAACAGCACGCCAUGCACUGUACACUUCGAUUGGGAGCGUACUGCACAUUUGGAACCGACGAAUGCUGUAAUUAUGACUGUUUAAUAACUAGUAUGAAAGAGAAUAGAACUUGCUUCAGCAACAAACCCUGUUGGAAUGUUACCAGUUUUUGUCACGGAUCUUCUCCUUUCUGUCCUGCAAAAAUUCAAUCCGAUAAUACAUCGUGUUUAAAUAACAAAGGAAUUUGUAUAAAAGGAAAGUGCGAUACCGAGAUUUGCAAAAUAAAAAGUCUACGAUCUUGUCAAUGUUUUUCUCGUCACACCGAGUGUUAUGUCUGUUGCAAAAAUAAAUCGAGUGAUUGUCUACCAGCAACAUCAUUUGACAUCUUCACUUCGACUAUGGAAGCUUACGUCAAAAACGAGGGUACUCCGUGCGACAACGAUUAUGGAUUGUGUAUAAGUAACGGAACUUGCAUAAGAAAAAGUAUUUAUAAGGAACAUACAGUAGCAGAGUAUGUAUAUGUGUUACCUUUCGUUGGGAUCAUAGUGAUUGCUAUUGGAUGUUUUGUAUCACAGCGAGAGAAACGACCGAGUAUUGUAGAUAUCGGCAGAAAACCACGAGGAAGAAAUACACGAGAAACUUAAAAACCAUACAAAAAAUACAACCAAAUCGUGAAACUAGAACAAAACAACUUGAAGCUUGGAAAGAACUCAUUGUUAGGUACUACAGAGUUCACAAGAAAUAUAUUAUGGAUCUUACAGAAGCACAGUCUAGUCCAUUAUUUAACAAU